AUGGCGACGGCCAAAGGGUUGCAGCAGGAACGCUGCGUGCGGUUGGUGCACCAGUUUUUGCGGGAGAAUGGCUUUAGCAUGGCGGCUCUAGCUCUGGAGGAGGAGGAUCGAGGCCGGGGGUUGGGCUUGCAGCUGGCUGAGGCGGCGGCCGCCGAAAACGUGGUUCCGGGGCAGCUGCUGCGGAUUUUGGAUGAGCACGCCGAGCUGACGCGCGAGCAGGCCGACCCCGACGCCCUGGCUGGCGAAAUGGAAGCUCUGCUGCAGCUUCCAGAGACCAAAUGGUCCGAGCUCUACGAUCUUCAGACGCUGCGUGGUCGUCAUGUUGGCAACAUCAUUGCUUUGGCCGUGUGGCGAGGCCAACGGCUUGUCAGCGGUGGUGCUGAUCGAUCCAUCGUCCUGACGGAUUUGAACAAGCCCGAGGGCGCGGACAACCGGUGUGAGUAUAUGGCUGCCAGUCCCGUCAUUAGCCUGGCCGCGCAUCCGACCUUGCCAUACCUUCUUUUCGGAUGUAUGGAUGGGAGCACGGGUGUGUUGAACGUGGUUACGGGACGUUUUCUGGCGGCGGGACCCAAACACCGCAAAUUCGUGGUGCGCCUGGACUGGAAUGAAGCGGGAACGCACUUUGUCACCGUGUCACACGACAAGAGCAUCGAAGUCUGGCGGUGUGACGCCACUACCACGGCAGCACCCGAGGAUGCAGCGGUGCCCACGCUGACGCACGAGCAACGCUUGGACUUUGUGAACCAUCCCGAGUGUGCCCGCUUCGUGCGCCUGGCUGAGCGCGAGGGCGAGCAAUUGGUAGUGACCGUCCGGGACGAUUGCUACCUGCGCUUUUACGACGUGCAGACGUGGACUGUGGCCUCCACCAUGAACAUGAACUCGUUUGGGGACGAGUUUGUCAGUUUCAACGCCUUGGACUGCUGCGUGGACCCGAGUGGCCGCUACCUGUUGGUGGCCACGGACAAGAAUCGUGUGCUUUUGUUUUCCGUGGCGACGCAAAAACAGUUGCGCGUCUUUUACGGAGCCAACAACGACGAAUACAGCAUGCCGCGUUGCAGCUUUGACAGCACGGGCCAGUUUGUCCUGGCCACGUCUCAGACCAACGAGGUGUUGGUCUGGAACUUGCGGUCGGAAGCCCUGGUGCAGCGUUUGAGCGGCCAUGAGGCCCAGAUUCGGGAUAUUUUGUGCCUGCCAGAAAACCAGGGACUCAUCACCUGCAGUUACGACAAGACCAUCCGUGUGGGGCUGACGCUCUCUCUCUCUCUCUCUCUCUCUCUCUCUCUCUCUCUCUCUCUCUCUCUCUCUCUCUCUUUGUACGUGCGUAACUGCCUCUCGCUCUCUCUGUGUGACGCACGCGCUCUCUUGCCUCGCUCUGUCUGUCGCUCUCUCUCCUCUCUCGUCUCGCUGCUGAUCAUUCCCUUCGACUCCCCGCGCGUCUUGGCCGUCUUCAUCGCCAUCCUUGGCGUUUCCCUCGUCAGCUCCCACUUUGUCCCGCCCCUCUCUCUCUCCGUGUGUGUGUGUGUGUGUCUCUCUUUCUCUCUGCGUCUCUCUCUGUGCGGUCUCAACGCGACUCGAGUGACACCACAUCAACGCCAACAAGGACCAGAUCAGCCAGCGCACAAGACUGCUCGGUCCUCGCUCGGCCGUUCGCGCCACCCCAUACCCAUACCUGCCAUCCUGUGGGCUGCUGUUUGA